AUGCUCAUGCUUGGCCUUGCUGCGCUGGAGCACUUCGACAUGGCCUCGGAUGCGCUCUUCACGGGGACAUCCGCUGCCUGCAGUGACGAAAUCACGAGUCUCUGGCUGCAGUCCUGGCGCGAUGUCCCCGGCGGAGGGCUCAUGGUUCCGAUGCUCGCUAAGCUGGGCUUCUCCGGUGUGGCACUGUUCAUUACGAGUGCCUACCUUCCUCAGCUGCUCUCGGUUAUGGCUCCGUUCGCCCCCUUUGUGGCGCUGGUCUUCAUUCUCUUGGUGAUGCUUUGGGCAUCCUUCGGCUGGCUCGUCGGCUUGGCGGGAAUGUUAGCCGUCUACGCGCUGGUGAUCUGCAGCCCCAUAGGGACGUUUCAGAUGAGCUUUUUCCACCAGCAGGUCGACUCUGAGGACCUUCGCCUUGCCUUGUACAUCGGUGCCGAGGUCGUUGACCUCCGAGGAAAAGGAGGACCAGACACCGGCGCUGAGGCAAGAGUCGCAUUGAUCCUCGGCACGAAGCUCGUGCUGGAGAACUUGCUGCAGCUGUGGCUGCAAAGCUCCUACUUGUCCCUCUCCUUCGACCGCAUGGACACCUUCGCUCGCUGCCAGGCGAUGGCCUCCAUCGGUGUGGGACUCCUUGUUGCAGGUGGCAAGGGAUUGCAGAUCGCCGCAGUCGUAGUGUCAGCAUUUGAAAGGGGCGCUGGCAGGGCUGUCCGAGGAUGUGACAUCUUCACGAUAAUCUUGGGUGCCGUCGCAGUCGUCAUGAUGCUGGGCGGCUUCGGAGGCCUCGCAUGGGUCUUGGCGAAAGUCGUCUUCAUCUUCCGGUGCGACUCGCAUGUUUGGAACCUUUCCACCGGCUGCGUCAGCCCGCAGUCGUAG